AUCUCUCAUCGCUUUCCCUUUUCCAACUAUUUUUUGGAAUUAUGGGUCCCUAACUCAUUUGUUACACUAUUAAUAUAUUUUGUUUAUUUAUUUGUUUGUUUGAUUUGAGCUUUGAUGGAGGGAUUUUGAAUUAGGUCUAUGGUUCUGAUGAAGUUCCCAAUAGAAAUCCUAAAACAGCGAAGAUUCAAUUUUUUUCUUCAAUAUUUGUUUUUGUGUUUUUCAUGUUUUAUUUAGCAGAUCUGGUUAUGGGUUUUGAUGCAUGGAAAGUUUUGAUGUUGGGAAAAUGUGGGCAAUUAGAACAUAGUUUGAAUCUGAAAGUUUCCAAUUUUUGUCUAUAUUGGUAUCAUUAGAUUUCCAUUUUUGCUUCUUUGGAAUCUUUUCCCCCCCACUUCUGCUAUAUACUGGAUGUGCGAAAAUGUGGACAUUCCCUCUUGAAAUUUAGCUUAUUGGAGCUUCAUGGAUGAUGAUGUGUUGAAUAUGCGUAAUUGGGGUUACUAUGAACCGUCCUUUAAAGGACAUCUGGGUCUGCAGCUAAUGCCGAGCAUGGUUGAACGGGACACAAAGCCCUUUAUUCCCGGUCGUGACCCCAAUCUCAUGGUUAAUACCAAUGCAGCCUUUCACCCGCGGGAUUGUGUUGUUUCUGAGGCACAUAUCCCCACGAAUUAUGUUCGGGAUAGUUGGAUUAAUGAUAGAGAAAAGUUUUUCAGCAUGUUACCGGUCACUGGGCCCAAUUAUGGCAUUCUUCCUGAAACCUCGACAGCUCAUUCAUUGCCGAAUUUGCAGCGACCACCUGAUUCUUCAACAAGAGAUGAGACGGUGGUGAGUAGAGUUGAAGAGCCGCCAGCUAGUAAGGAUGGUGUUCAACCGAGGAAAAGGCAGGAUGGGGCUGUCCCUAAGAUGCUGAAGGCCAAAAAGCCUAGAAAGUCGAAGGAAAAUGCCAAUUCUAUGGUUCAACGUUCGAAUCCAGCAAAGAAGAGUAUUGAUUUUCAAAUAAAUGGGUUCGACAUGGAUAUUUCAGGUAUUCCGAUUCCGGUUUGCUCCUGCACUGGAACCCUUCAGCAAUGUUAUCGAUGGGGCUGUGGUGGUUGGCAAUCUGCUUGUUGUACCACAAACAUAUCCAUGUAUCCGUUGCCAAUGAGCACCAAAAGGCGUGGUGCAAGGAUUGCUGGCCGGAAAAUGAGUCAGGGGGCAUUCAAGAAGGUCCUCGAGAAACUCACAGCUGAAAAUUAUAACUUCAGUAAUCCGAUUGAUUUAAGGAGCCAUUGGGCAAGACACGGUACCAACAAGUUUGUCACUAUUAGGUAGCUUUAAACUCCGUGGUAAUGAUAGUUGAGCUCCAUCACUUAUGGUCUGCUUCACCUGUAUAUAUUCAUGUGGCCACCGUGGUUCUUUCGAACUUUGUAGUUUUUCAUUUAUGCUUAUGCUUUAAGAACAUCCAUUUAUUCCGUUCACAAA